AUGGUGACCUUGCCACAGCAGAAUGCAUUCCGCCAACCCCCAUCUGCUGCCCACUACUGGACUCCACCACCAGGCAAUGGUGACCUUGCCACCGUGGAAUGCUCUCUGCCCCCGUCCGCUGCCCACUGCUGGACUCCACCACCAGGCUAUGGUGACAAUGCCACUGCGAAAUGCCAUCCACCCCAGUCCACUGCCCACUGCUGGACUCCACCAACAGGCUAUGGUGACCUUGCCACCACGGAAUGCAUUCCGCCACCCCCAUAUGCUGCACACUGUUGGACUCCACCAUCAGGCUAUGGUGACCUUGCCACCGCAGAAUGCAUUCCGCCACCCCCAUAUGCUGCACACUGCUGGACUCCACCACCAGGCGAUGGUGACCUUGCUACUGCGGAAUGCCAUACACCCUUGUCUGCUGCCCACUGCUGGACUUCACCACCAGGCUAUGAUAACCUUGCCACCACAGAAUGCAUUCCGCCACCCCCAUCCGUUGCCCACUGCUACACUCCACCACCAGGCUAUGAUAACCUUGCCACCGCAGAAAGCAUUCUGCCACCUCCAUCCGCUGCCCACUGCUGCACUCCACCACCAGGCUAUGGUGAUGUUGCCACAGUGGAAUGCAUUCCUCCACCCCCAUCCUCUGGAGACUGCUGGACUCCACCACCAGGCUAUGGUGACUUUGUCACCAAGGAAAACCUUCCUCCGCCAUCCACUUUCCACUGCUGGACUCCACCACCAGGCUAUGGUGACCUUGCCACUGCGGAAUGUUUUCCGCCCCCAUCCGCUGCCCACUUCUGGACUCCACCACAAGGCUAUGGUGACCUUACCAUCGCAAAAUGCAUUCCGCCACCCCCAUCCGCUGCACACUGCUGGACUCCACCACCAGGCAAUGGUGACAUUGCCACUCCAGACUGCAUUCUGCCACCCCCAUCUGUUGCACACAGCUGGUCUCCACAAAAAGGCUAUGGUGACUUUGUCACCAAGGAAAGCCUUACUCCCCCAUCCGCUUUCCACUGCUGGACUCCACCACCAGGUGACCUUGCCACUGCCACCCCCAACCGCUGCCCACUUCUGUAUGUUAUUUAA